CUUCUGCAUCUGGAAAUCCUAUCACAAUCUAUCAUCCAGUAUUUGAAAUGUUUGUGAAAGAUUGCCAAACUGCUGUUCCUACACAAGAAACCUAUGAUCAUGUUGUGGAAGUUACUGAAAGCAUGUCUGAUGUGUUCCGUAAUGAAGAUUUGCAAACAGAUGAGUUUCACCAUUUGCUAGAAAAGUUUAAUAUAACAGUCAACAGAAUUGUGAAGCCUGAACUUGGGGAAGGAAAUGGCU